GAGUACUGCAUGCAGUUCUGGGCUCCCCGGUUCAAGAAAGACAGGGAGCUGCUGCAGAGAGUCCAGCAGGGGGUCACAAGGAUGAUAAGGGGUCUGGAACAUCUCCCUUAUGAGGAAAGGCUGAGUAACCAGGGUCUGUGCAGCCUGGGGAAAAGAAGACUAAGGGGAUUUUUUCAAUGUUUAUAAAAAUCUGAAGAGCAAGAGCUAUGUGGUUGGGGUCGAACUCUUUUUGGUGGUGCCCAGCAACAGAACAAGCAACCUGUGCGUACACUAAAACAUGAAGUUCCAUAUGAAUAUGAGAAAAAAAUUUACUUUGAGGGUGACAGAGCACUGGAACAGACUAAAGGUUGUGGAAUGUCUUCUAGAGAUAUUCAACACCCACCUGGAUGCUUUCCUGUGCAACUACUGUCCAGAACCUGCUUUAGCAUGGGGUUGAAAUAGAUGAUCUCCAGAGGUGCCUUCCAUCCUCUAUAACUCAGUGUAAUCCUCUAUAAUUUUGUGAAAUGCCAAAAUCUUUGUUUUCUAAUCAUAUUGAUACUCAUAUGUCCAAAACUAAGCUUCUCCCAGAGUCCAGGAAUACAAAACAGCUUUAGUACAGGCUUUAGUAGUUUCAAUGCAAAAUCAGUUUGUGUGGCUCUGAUAGAUUCCUUCAAUGAAGGCAUAGAUACUGCAUAGAAAUGUAAUCACAACACAACAUUGUGCUACAUUUUGGAACCCCAUGCUAAUGCACGUGAAGAAGCAAAUGGUAAAAUUCAGUGUUUGUAUUGUGAAAUACAGUAGUAGGUUUGCUUGUUAGCCCUUUGGAUGUCUUAGUUACUGAAUUAAUGAAGUUAACACCUGUGGAGAAACUGUUAGAUCACAUCCUGAACUGGUGAUGGAGCACCUGGUGAAGGGGUGUGGUUGGCCUAGGGAGCAUAGGCAAAUUGACCAGAAAAGGUGGAUCCAUGGUGGAGAUAUGAGAUACCCUUGGCUCAUGUAAGAGCCAGACACUGGAAGGAGGGCAUCUUUUGGACCUAGGCUGCUUCUUGUGAGGGAGUGCUGCUGUAGCCAGAAAGCUCCUUCACCUGUUGGAACAGCACUGUAUAGAGAUGACGUUGGUGAUAUCAUUGGUAAAUGGUUUCUUGCAGAUGAAAGGAAAGAUGAAGCUACCAAAUUAUGAAGGCUUAGCCCCUAUGAAAGAAGAGUGUUUUAGUGGUUCAUCAAAAACUACUGCAAAAAUAAAAUAUCUUAAUACGUACAGACUGGAACCAUAUAAUAAAUUUCAGGAUCGGUUAGUAGGAGACAAAGCUCAAGCAAUAUUAACGAAUAAACUUCAACAAGCCAAAUAUGAUGCAGAUUCUAGUCCAUCCUUGUGUGCUUCACUCUCAGAAGAAAUAUUAAAGGCUACAAAGGAAAUGGGCUUCGACCGUUAUAAAUACGUGGUAACAGUGCUAAUUGUGGAAAAGGCAGGCCAAGCAAUAAAUGUCGCCAGUAGAUGGGUCUGGGAUGUUCAAAGAGACACCUGGAUUUCGGCUAAAUAUGAAACUGAAACAUUUAUUGCACUGGCUUUGAUAACAGCUUGUUAUUACGAGUGACACUCCCAAGAUGAUGCAACUGCUUCUGUGCAGCACAGUACCUGGUAUAUUUGAAAAUUUUCAGAGCAUCCACUUACCAACAGCAUUAGUCCAAAGUCUAGCGCAAAAAUAACAAACCUGAUGUGAUAGUUGAGAAAAUUUUGACCACUUUGCUUUGUAAAAAUAACUUCUGAAAUGUGUAAGGUUGAGUACAUAUGGGCUUCGUCUGUUGUAGCACUCUGCUGUGAAAGUCAGAGCAACUGGUGGAAAGUUGAACUUCAGCAAAUUUUGAAUGCUGCUUGUCUGUUGUGUGCAUUGAGUUGUUAAUGAAUACUUACAAUAAAUUGUAGGUAAUGGUUCUCUUGAGGGUGUGCUUUUUUGAAAGAGAAGGCAGUGCUGUUGGUUGUUUUUGGUUUUUUUUGUAGCUUUAUGAUAAAAUGCCAAUUUAGGUAGAAAUGUUAAGGGGGAAGCCAUCUUUUGCAUGCUUGAUU